UCAUGGCGGCAAGAAUUAGAUUUUAGUUCGAACAUGUUCUUCAUUUCAUAUUGCAAAAAAGUUAAAAUAUUAAAACUAUAAUUAAAUUGUAUAAAAUUUAAAAUUUGAACCUAUAUUGGCAAAUUAUUAUUCCGAACUUUUUUUGAAAGCAUAGCCAGAAUGUUGCGAAAAAACAAGCCAAUUUUGUAUGAUCCGCUUAUUAUUCAAAGGGUCAAACAAUAUUUAGAAGAAAAUGUCCACCAAACAUACGUUGAUGUUUCGGUAAUGGCGAAACAACUGCAGGAUAGAUACCGAGAAUACAAUAGAAGAAAAUCGGGACCGUUUCGUCUUUUAGUUGAACAAGCUUAUAAAACAGUAUUGCAUAGUUAUGGCUUGGAUAGCAAUCCUUCAAGUGAUGAUAACAAUUCUGAAGUUGAAAUGAUGGACGAUAAUUCAACAAACUCAAAUCAAAUGAAUAACAUGCUUACUAACUUGUAUAAUAAGGGUAAUAUUAAUAGAAAUACAACAGGAAAUGUACCAAACCUGUCUUCAAAUGCUGAUAAAGCUAUCGACAUAAGCAGUGAUGAUAGUGAAGAUGACAAUGGUGGCACAAAUGGAAAGCCACCAGAUAAUUCUGCUCUGAAGUUAUCUAAAGAAGUUCUAGUUACAAAAUUAGCAGUUAAUGAUGCAGCACAGUCCAACAAAACCUCCAAUCAAAAUCCUGCAAAGAUUACUGUCACACCAGACUUACCACGUGUAGGGUUACUUCAUCUGAAAACUACAUCGCAACCUCCAACGGCAACUACAGAGAAAAGUGCAAGUAAGAAGCGCAAGUUAGAAACAUUAUUACAGCAAAAUGAAUGGCCAAAUUCUACAGGUAAUGGGCAUAUUCCGAAAAAUUUUUUAAAUUCUAGCCACAUGACUCGAGGUAGAAGAUUCAAAAAAGAAAUAAUACCGGAAACCGCACAAUUCACUUUUUCGCAAAUUGGGGGACAAGAAAAAAUUUUGAAGGAAUUAUGUGAACUGCUUUUUCAUUAUCGUAAUCCUCAAAUUUAUUACCACAUUGGUUUAUCAGCUCCAAGAGGCAUUUUAUUACAUGGACCCACCGGAUGUGGAAAGUCAAUGCUUGCAGAAGCUAUAGCUGGAACUUUGGAACUUCCAUUAUUACGUGUUCCAGCAACUGAACUAAUCGCUGGACUUUCUGGUGAAUCAGAAGAGCGGAUACGUGAAGUAUUUGAACAGGCCGCCUACUUUGCCCCAUGUGUUUUAUUUAUAGAUGAGAUAGACGCCAUUUCGUCAAAUCGAAUAAAUGCACAGAAAGAUAUGGAAAGGCGAAUUGUAUCACAAUUAAUAAGUAGCUUAGAUGGACUUGAAAAUAUGGAGAACGGUGAUUUGGUUUUAAUUAUUGGAGCGACUAAUAGACCGGAAGCACUAGAUCCUGCGUUAAGAAGAGUUGGUCGAUUUGAUCAUGAAAUAGCUUUGGGAAUUCCAGAUAGAAAGGGACGUGAAGAGAUUUUAAGGGUUAUAUGUGAGAAAUUAGUGUUGGAAGAAAAUUUUGAUUACGAUAAAAUAGCUGAACUUACACCUGGUUUUGUUGCCGGUGAUUUGCAAGCAUUAGCAUUUCGGGCUGCUUCAAUUGCCGUUAAACGUAAAUAUUUCACACAAAUAAGAAAAAGGCAGGCUGAGCUUGAGAAAAAUAUUGAAAUAGUAGAUCUAUUAGACGAAAAUCCAGGAGAAAAUGAUCAGAUAAAUACGAAAGAGAACAAGGAAACUGAAUCAGCAGAAGAAAAUCAAACAGAAAAACAGGAAAAAACUGAAAGUAUUGAAAAAAAAUCAGAUGAAAAUGAACCAAAAAGCCAAACAGAAUCUCUUGACACAAAUGCUAUGGAUGUAGAUGAAGACAAAGCAAAUGAAGAAAAUAAAGAAACAACUCAAGAUAAAGAAACAGGCACAAAAAUCAGUGAAAAUACUGAAUUGUCAAAGAAAGAAGAGGAAACGGUUGCUUCCAAAGACAGUGAAGCACUCAAAACAGAUAAAAAGCUCGUUGAAAUACCUCAUACAAAGAAGGAUCCGUCUUUGUUGGAACUACUACAUUGGCUUCAUGGAGCUUUCUGUGACAUAAAAGAAAAAGAUUUAAGCGAUUUAUGCUUAAAAAUGACCGAUUUUACAGAUGCUGUUAAGAUUUUGCAACCGUCAGCCAAAAGAGAAGGAUUUAUAACUGUCCCUGAUGUUACGUGGGAUAAUAUCGGUUCGUUAAAAAACAUUCGUAGCGAAUUGCAAUUAGCUGUUUUGGCGCCGGUAAAAUACCCAGAAAGAUUGAAAGCAUUAGGGCUGACUACUGCUUCUGGUGUAUUACUUUUUGGUCCACCGGGCUGCGGCAAAACAUUGUUAGCAAAAGCUAUUGCGAAUGAAGCUGGAAUUAAUUUUAUAUCAGUUAAAGGUCCAGAAUUAAUGAAUAUGUACGUUGGUGAGUCUGAAAGAGCGGUAAGAACAUGUUUCCAGAGAGCAAGAAACUCAGCUCCGUGUGUUAUAUUUUUCGAUGAAUUUGACUCAUUAUGCCCCAAAAGAUCAGAAGGGAAUGAAAGUGGCUCGGGGACGAGAAUCGUGAACCAAUUAUUAACCGAAAUGGAUGGUAUAGAAGAUCGAAAAGGAGUGUAUUUAUUAGCUGCAACCAAUCGCCCAGAUAUUAUUGACCCAGCUAUUUUAAGGCCCGGACGUUUGGACACUGUUUUGUAUGUUGGUUUUCCUGAGCGGAAAGAUAGAAUAGAAAUUUUGGAAGCAUUAACGAAAAAUCGUUCUAAACCAUUACUUGAUGAAAGUGUACAUUUUGAUAACAUUGCUGAUCUGACAGAUGGAUUUACUGGCGCAGAUUUAGCGGGUCUUUUGAGACAAGCAUCCUUCAUAGCCUUAAGAGAUUCUAUGAACAUUGUACAAAUAAAACCAGAGGACUUGAAAUUAACAUUGCAACAUUUCUUAGAUGCAUUAAGAUUAAUUAAACCUUCAGUUAGUCCAGAAGAGCGAAGAAUUUAUGAAAAUCUAAGAUUAAAAUAUGCUGCACCUAGGAGCAAUACAAAAUAAAAAUAUAAAUAGAGUCAUCAACAGAAAAUGAAUGUUAUAUGUUGUCUCUUUUUAUGAACUUUGGAAUUAAUUUUAAUAAAAAGCAUUAAGACAGAUAUUUAAAAAUAUGUUCAUUUUUAUAUAAAAAAUAUCU